CCCCGGGCGCCUCUACUGCACCGGCGCCGCUGCAUUAUAAAUACUUCUCCAAAAUGCGGCGCAGCUCCCUGCGCGCGCCCCGGCCGCCCGCCGCCUCCGCCCCGCGCCCCUGAGCCGCCGCCGCCGCUGCCGCCCGCCGCCGCCGCGGGUCCGAGGGCGCCGCGCCCUUGCCUGGGCCCGGGCCGAGCCCGCCCGCCCGCCUGCCGCCCGGCCGCGUCCCCGAGCUGCGCCGCCCGGCCGGGUGCAUGCAUUGUGGGCCUCCCGACAUGGUCUGCGAGACGAAGAUCGUGGCCGCCGAGGACCAUGAGGCGCUGCCGGGGGCGAAGAAGGACGCGCUGCUCGCUGCCGCCGGCGCCAUGUGGCCCCCGCUGCCCGCCGCUCCCGGGCCGGCCGCUGCGCCUGCCGCACCCCCGCCCGCCCCCGGUGUCCAGCAGCGCGGUGGGACUGGGGGCGCGGGGCCCCCGGGGGGGCGCGGCGUGUGCAUCCGCGAGUUCCGCCCGGCGGAGCAGGAGGCGGCGCGCCGCAUCUUCUACGACGGCAUCAUGGAGCGCAUCCCCAACACGGCCUUCCGCGGCCUGCGGCAGCACCCGCGCACGCAGCUGCUCUACGCCCUGCUGGCGGCGCUCUGCUUCGCCCUGACCCGCUCUCUACUGCUGACCUGCCUGGUGCCGGCCGGGCUGCUGGGCCUGCGCUACUACUACAGCCACAAGGUGAUCCGCGCCUACCUGGACUGCGCGCUGCGCACGGACAUGGCCGACAUUGAGCACUACUACAUGAAACCACCGGGCUCCUGCUUCUGGGUGGCCGUGCUGGACGGUAAUGUGGUGGGCAUCGUGGCCGCGAGGGCCCAUGAGGAGGACAACACCGUUGAGCUGCUGCGCAUGUCUGUGGACUCGCGCUUCCGUGGCAAGGGCAUCGCCAAGGCACUGGGCCGGAAGGUGCUGGAGUUCGCCGUGGUGCACAACUACUCUGCCGUGGUGCUGGGCACGACGGCUGUCAAGGUGGCUGCCCACAAGCUGUACGAGUCACUGGGCUUCAGACACAUGGGCGCAAGUGACCACUACGUGCUGCCUGGCAUGACCCUCUCUCUGGCUGAGCGCCUCUUCUUCCAGGUCCGCUACCAUCGCUACCGCCUGCAGCUGCGUGAGGAGUGACCACCACUGCUUGCCUGCCCACUGCCCCGGCUGCCCUGCCCACCUGUGCCCGCCUGCUUGCCGCCCAGUGUGGCCCUGCUUAGACCCUCACCUCGGCAUUGUGUUGGGUUUUUCUUUUUCAUCAUCACAUGGCUCCCAGCUGGGUCUCGGGGUGCAGGGACCGUGGCUCUUCAUGACACUUUGGGUGAGUUGUCUGCAGCCACGGCCCCUUGCCUUGCCCAGCCUGCCAGGCAGCUUGCAACGCCUUGAAGAGUCGCAACUUGGACCUCUGCAGCUGUCCAUGAGGCUGCCCAGGCGCUGCCACUGGGAAGGCUCAGCCCUGCCCACCAGCCACAGAACCUCUGCGAUGAGGCCCCAGCUAUGGAUCAGCUGUUGGGCCCUGGCGGGGAGGCCUGCGGGCGGCCAGGGGCCCUGCUCUGCAACGUGCAUGCUGAGGGUGUGGCCCGGCCACAGCAUGCCGCAUGCCCACUGCCUCCUGCAGCUGCCCUGUCCAGACUGGACCCUGAGGUCCAUGGCUGGUGAGCACCCCUGCCCGAGCCCAAGCUAGACAGGGGGCCUGCCCUGCUGCCCAUCCCACCUGCUCUCUGGAGGGGCCUGGACCACCCCAGCUUCGUCCACUCUUGCUGUGCUUUGACACGCAUCACGGCCCUCCCAUCCCUGCCCCUCCCCCGCCUGGGCUGGCUGACUGGUGACAUCACCUAGGGGUGGGGGCCCAUGGGGACACACCUUGCCCCCAGCACCUGCUGGAUCACGGUGGCUUCUCCCAGACAUCCCCGGGGACCCCUGUGCCUGGCUGGUGGGGUUUGCCCACGUGUCUCACUAACCCAGGCCGCUGCUGACUAUGCCCAGCCCACAGCUUCUCCUAGCCUGAAACCGACCCAUUUUCUAAGUUAUUUAGACCGAAUAGCACUCUGCAUGACUUUAAUUCUUGGGACAAAACGGUAGUUUGCACCCUGAGACACGCACAUCUGUGUGGUGCUGGAAUGUGCACUGUGUCUGGCCCAGUGUGACAGGGUAGGUGGCCGGGUGGGUGAGUCGUUCACAAUGUGACAUCUGGAGGGAGACCCGGAGCUAGCUGGCUUCCUGCCCAGGAGCAGCCCAGAUUAGUGAGGAGGCUUCAGCUGUUCCUUCCAGCCAUUAGGUCAGCAGGUGGAGGGGCAGAUCCAGGUGGAGUCCCUGUGGUUGCAGGGGCAGGGCUGGACUGCUUGGGGCCUGGGUUGGGGGUGGCCAGCUUGGCUCCAGCUGGCUGUGCUCCUGGCCUGGCCUCUCCUCUAGACGUCAGAUGCAGGGAUUGUCCUGGCAAGGAGUAGCCUGGGAAGUGGAGGGGGAGGCAGGGACAGCAUGACCGCACAUCCAGCCUGGAUCUGGCUGGAGGGGCAUGAGACCCACCUAGGCCCCUUGAUGUGGGGGUCGGGGAUGGGGAAGUGUGGGCUGGGUGGCCACAGACCUGGGUGCCACGCACUAAGCCACGUGCUGGGCCGCAGACGGGACCUUCAUAAAAAGGUGCUUCAGAAAUUAUUGAAUUAACGGAACAAGCCCAGCUUCUAGGGGCAUUUUGUCCCGUUAGCAAUUGAGGUAUUUGCAGAAUACUGUACAGACCCCGCUCUCCCUUGUAUAUUCCUCCCUGGUGGUGCCUGGCCCCUGCUCUGGGUGGGAGUUUUGUAGACUGUACAGAAAUCGGCACCCUAUUUUCUUGCAGCUCUCAGAUUUUGUUAAUCUGGAUUAUACAGACAGACGUAAAGUGUUUUAGCAAAAUGGAAAACAAACAGUUGUGCCUUUUU